AUGGACAUGAAUUUGUCAGCGCGUUGUGCUUUGGUUCUUUUUCUGUUGGCAUUUGUAGAUUCGAAAAUAGUCUCUGCUGCAGAAACGGGAGGCACAUCUACAGUGCCGAUCCUCCCGAAGGCAGGUCAGUGCCCGCUGCUUCUGAAAGUCGUGCCUUCACACAAGGGAUGUGUCCGCGAUAAGGACUGUCCUAAAGAUGACAAAUGCUGCAUCUUUGACUCUGACGCCUUGUGUGUCCCACCUGACUUCACAAAGCCUGGAGUGUGCCCUCGUAGACGAUGGGGUGUAGGGACUUGUGCGGAGUUAUGUUCCAAUGACAGUGACUGCCCCAAUAAUGAAAAAUGCUGCCACAAUGGAUGUGGGCAUGACUGCAUUGCACCGACACAGGUAGAAUAUGUGAAGUCCGGUAGCUGUGUCCUGCCCAAGGGGACCAACAUGUGUGCCAAGUACUGUUACAAACAUGGCCAGUGCCCCGAGGAACAGAAGUGUUUCCGGAUAUGUUGA